AUGCUCACAACCCUCCCAAAACCAUGUCUCGAGAUUUCCCUCCACAUCUUACCAACAUCCGACCUCCAUUUUCCGACCACGACCGCUUUUUCGCCUCGCUUUCCCGGCCACGUCACGUCGGUCACUGUCACGCUUUCGUCUUUGAUUUGGCGGACUCGUAACUCCAGCCACGCACAAGCUGGGGCCUCAUCGACCGGACCUCCGUCUGCGCGGACAUCCAACGCCUCUCCCCAAAUCUUGCUGCCCGUGGUUUCGCCCGGGAAGGCUGUCGUCGGACACGAUCUCGCGAAUGAUGCUUUCGUGCCCACACUUGGCUUUUGUGCUGCAGUAAUCAAUAUACGCGGCGGCGGAGCUUUAUCUCGUGCAAGCGCACAGCCCAAUCAUCAUACUCCUGCAAUUCAUCGAUCCAGAAACGGCGGGAGAAUCGUGCGCGGGAGCUAUCUGGGUCCCAAUCUUCCCUAUCGUGGUCAUCUUCCCUUCGUCAAGCGUGUUUAUCGCUUCUUUGCGGUCUCGAAGGUUUUACUGGCGGUCGAUUGGUGGGUGGGCCCACUGCGGCAGCUGAUGGAUUUGACGCUAUAUUACUUAGUGUGCUCGUGCAUUGUCCGGGCCCUGAUAUCUAAGUCUAUAGAAGACUGCUGGAACUCUAAUUAUACGUCCACUUGGGCGUCGCUCUCCUCGUAUGUAUUGCUGUAG